AUGCCGGCGUUCACCGGUGUAUCUUUCGUUGGAGACGCACCUGCCUCGGCUGCCAUCCACGUCGCAGUGAGCGGGUGCCACCUGCUUGUGGCAAACGGCUACUCACGUAUCAAGGACACCCCCAAUGGCAAGUGCCUACGGUCUCAGGGUUUCAAGAUCGGAGGCCAUCGCUGGUUUAUUGAGUACUGCCCUAAUGGCUAUGAACCAGAGAAUGCCAGCGACUACAUGACUUUUUAUCUCGUCCUUGAUGAAGGCAGUACCGUCGAGCCUGUCCACGCACACUAUGUAUUUAGCUUCUUUGGUCAGGCUGAGAGGCAAGAGCCAUCAUCGUCAUUGCUCAUCGGUGCAAGGGGAGCUCACAAGUUCUUCUGUAAUGAUGCAAUUAGUUAUGGCUGUUGCAUGAGAAGGCAAGACUUGGAGAAAUCAAUACAUCUCAAGAACGACGGUUUCACUAUAAGGUGUGACAUCGCCAUCGUCACGGAUUUCAACCUCGGGGACGCCGGUGCCGCCAUGCGGUUUGUUGUGGUGCCUCCAGCUGAUAUUCAAAAUCACCUCUAUAAUCUCCUCCUGUCACAAGAGGGCGCCGAUGUGACAUUUCAGGUCGGCGACGAGAAGUUUGCCGCGCACCGGUGUGUGCUCGCAGCCCGUUCUGCUGUCUUCAAGGCUGAGCUCUUUGGCCCCAUGAAGGAGGGAACAACAGACACCGUCGCCAUCGAUGACAGCCCGUUCAGGCUGUUGCUUGUUUUCAUAUACUGUGAUUCAAUACCUGAGUUUGAAGAGGAGGAAGAAGAAUUUAUGUUGCAGCACCUGCUUGUGGCAGCAGAUAAAUAUGAUGUCCCGAGGCUCAGACUGAUGUGUGGGCAAAAGUUGUGCCGGUGCAUCAACACCGACACAGUGCCAACUAUCCUUGAGCUUGCUGAGCAACAUCAUUGCCAGGGGCUGAAGGAUGCAUGCUUGGAUUUCCUUAGCUCCCUAGCAAAUCUGCAGGAAGUAACGGCGGCUGGUGGCUUGGACAAUCUGACUAGCAGCAGCCCCUCAGACUGA